UCAGCUGUGAAACAGAAAUAAAUACAGAGGAAUAAACUGACAGAUCUACAUGCCAAUCACUGGCACGUUCACAUCAAAAGCUCAUUUGAUGAAUACAGAUAUUUUGGGCAAUAUAGAUCCUUUCAUAAGUGCUUGAAAUGAACGUCUGUCGAUACGUAACAAACGUGUAGAAAGCCGCAGAAGUCCAUAUGCAUGCAUUUCCCUCCCUCUUUUUUGCUCUCUACCCUCUCAUUCACUCUCUCUCCACACACGCACACACACACACUCACACACACACGCUCCCUCGCAUUUCGUGGGAGAAAGUAAGAAGAGGGAGAGAGAAAGAGAGAGACUGAGAGAGAGUGAUUUGAAGCCUCUCUCUGCUCUCUCCGCUUUUCUGUUCACUCAGACUCAAUGGGGCUCUAGCAUUAAGGGUUUCAAGCUGUAAAACUACAUAUUUAUUACCCGUUCCCUUCGUUUUGUACAUAACACAGAUAACUUAUUGAAGAACAAGGUGGGUGUGCGUUUCAAGAAGUUUCUUAAGACGCACCAAGUCGAAGUUGAUGUCAAAAGAACGAAAAGGCUAAUUUGAAACUGUCCUGCCUUGUAGUCCAACCAAACCGGUCAAAAAACUUGGGAACUAUGGAUAUUCGGAAGAAGCGGAGGCCGUGGUGCAUGGAGACCUCGUUCUUGCUCCUCCUGUGCCUUACUCUGGCACAAGCAGAUCCGAUAGAUGUUUUGCGGGCGCUGCAGUUGCCUUCCCUCCCUGAAGGUGUGCAGAAGGUCCCGGGCUUCUGCGCCUCUCGCCGGUCCGGCACUCCUGAUCAUGCCUACCGCAUCACUAAGAAAGCCCAGAUCUCUGCCCCCACCAAACAACUAUUCUCAGGACGUUUUCCGGAGAACUUCUCCAUCAUGACUCUGGUAAAGGCCAAGGCUGGUCUUCAGGCCUUCCUACUGUCCAUCUAUAAUGAGCAGGGUGUCCAGCAGCUUGGUCUAGAGUUGGGACGCUCGCCUAUCUUCUUGUAUGAGGACCAGAAUCGCAAACCCGCCCCAGAGGACUACCCACUGUUCAAAGGGGUCAACCUGGCUGACGGCAAGUGGCACCGCAUUGCCGUUUCUGUGCAGAAGAAGAACAUCACUCUGAUCCUUGACUGCAAGAAUCGUAUCACAAAAACUCUGGCACGUAGCAACAAACCAGUCUUGGACACCAAGGGCAUCACUGUCUUUGGAGCCCGUCUUCUGGAUGCGGAGGUCUUCCAGGGUGAGAUCCAGCAGCUGCUGAUCGCAUCCAAUCCUCAGGCUGCUUUUGACUUCUGUGAGCACUACAGCCCCGACUGUGACUCCCCUCUGCCCAAAGUCCAGUCCCAGGAUCCAAACAGCUACGAGGGAAAGGCGAACAACGGCAAAGCUGAUAAGCCAAAAACUGCCCCAGCCAAAGCUGCUCCAGCUAAACCAGCCAAAACCAAGCCAACUCCAAAGCCGAAGGCCAAACCUGCUGCUGCGCAAAUCUUGAUCUCAAAGAUAAAACCUACUUUAGCUUCUAAAAUAGCAUCCAAACCAAAAGCAACACCGGCCCCAAAGGUUGAUAACAAGAAGGCAAACAGCAAUGGAAAAAAUAAUGGUCAAGCUAAAGAAAAUGGUAAUGGAAAUGGCAAAAGCAAUGGGAAUGGGAAUGGGAAAGAUGCUAAUGGUAAGGCUAAGGCUGGCAGCAAUGGCAAAGCCAAUAACAAUGGCAACGGGAAGGCAUCUGUGGAGAAAAAAGCAAAUGGAGAAGCUAAAGCUAAUGGCAAUGGUGCGAAAACAGUGAAGACUGAAAAGGCAGCAGUGACCAAAGUAACAGUAGCAAAGAAGUCAGAGACCACACCACAACCAGCCAAAGACAAAACAAAAGCCAAUGCAGUACCCACAAAGCCAAAAGCGACCAAACCUGUGCUAGAAAAGGUUCAGACCAAAGUCGCUAAAACUCAAAAACCCACCCAUGCGCCUUUGCCUCUCCCUCCAAAGACUAAGGUCUUGGAUAUCAAUAACGUCAAAUCAAUGUCCAAAAAUUUCCCACCCUUCGACAAGGCUGCUGUGAGUGGCAGGACCAUGUCUUCUCCAGAAAUACCCAAGAAGAAACCCACCAAUGGUUAUCAACAGGACGUAGAUCCUGCUUACUCAGAGGCUGACCACACCCCCACAGACACCGAUUAUUAUUACGCAGUAGAAGAAGAGGCAAGCCCACAGCCAGAGAGUGAUCUGACUGGAUAUGAAGAAACCAUUAACCAGGUUGACGAGACUGUUGGCGCUGAGGAAGUAGAUGCGACCAAGACAGGUGGUGAAGGGGUGUCUCAAACACCAGAAGAGCCCUUCACUGAGGAGUACAUUACAAGCGACUUUGGAACAAAGGAGUAUGACUAUUCCUACAGGGACUACAAUGAGCCCAUCAUCGAAAGCAAGACAGAAGACACCUUUGGCCCUGCUCUGUCUGCUGUGACAGAUGAGGGAGGUGCCUCCGUGCGAGCCCAGAAAGGAGAGAAGGGAGAGCCUGCUGUCCUUGAACCUGGCAUGUUGAUUGAAGGACCACCUGGACCAGAAGGACCAGCAGGUCUCCCUGGCUCCGCUGGCCCCCAGGGACCCCCUGGUUCUGUUGGUGAUCCUGGUGAGAGGGUGAGUGGACAGUUUUUUGUGUGUUUAAGGCAGUUUUUUCUCUAUUUAUUUCACAUAAUGGAGUUUGGGUUCCUUUCCGCUGCUUAGUUGGAGUCUGAGAGU